GGCGGAAUUGUAACCACCCGGAAGCCUUUUCGAGGUUAACACGGAACAAACGUUUGUUUCACGUUGGAGGGAGAUUUGAGAGGCGCAUGGAUGACGGCGUUUUCCUUUUGUCAUUUUGAUGUCUUUAAACUCACUUUAAAUCAACAUUUGCCGCUAUGGAAUCAGAAAGCGAUAUAAAAGCGACGCCGAGGGGUUUUCACUGUGUCCUGUGCAACGUCAAUUUACCAAACCAGUCAAGCGUGGAUCAGCAUAUCAAAGGGCGGAAACACCAGACGUUAAGCAAUGUGCGAACCACCAGGAAUACCCAGGAGCAGCACAGCGUGUUUGUCAGCGGCAUCAAGCCUGACAUCUCGCAGGCUGACCUGGGUGACUACUUCCAGCAAUUUGGGACAGUUUCCGAUGUUAUCAUGGACAAAGACAAGGGCGUGUUUGCCAUCGUGCAGUUCAGUGAGACAGAGAGCAUUCAGGCUGCCUUGUCCUGCGUCGAGCACCAAAUGAAAGGUCUCCAACUGCGUGUCAAAGCCAGAGAUCGUAAGGAAUUCAAGUACAUCCCCAAAAAGAAGUGUGACCUGGAGAACCUGCAACAACUGCUGGACCACUUACAACCCCAAAUCUGUCAGCUGCCUUCUGUUAAUGCUCAGAUGCAGUACAUUGAGAACCGGUUCCAGCUUGGAGACACAGAGAAGAAGGCCCGAAACUUGCUGGUGCAACUCUUGCAGGAGGUCUUUGUGGAGUUUUUUCCAGAGAGCCAAAUUUUGCCUUUUGGUUCAUCUGUCAACACGUUUGGUAUUCAUUCCUGCGACCUGGACUUGUUUCUGGAUUUGGAGAAUACCAAAGUCUUCCAGGCCCAUGCCAAGUUUCCAUCAGAGGCAGCCGAGUGCACGUCAGACGACGGCCGCUCCGAGGACUCCAUCCUGUCCGACAUCGACCUGUCCACGGCCUCUCCCGCCGAGAUUCUGGACCUGGUGGCGACCAUCCUGCGCCGCUGCGUCCCCAGCGUGCACAAAGUCCACGUGGUCAGCAGUGCCCGUCUUCCAGUGGUCAAAUUCCAUCACCGUGUGCUCAACUUGCAGGGGGACAUCACAGUCAACAACAGACUGGCUGUAAGGAACACCCGCUUCCUUCAGCUUUGUUCAGGAAUAGAAGAAAGACUGAGGCCUUUGGUGUACACCAUCCGCUACUGGGCCAAACAGAAGCAGCUGGCUGGUAACCCCAGUGGUCCCGGUCCACUGCUCAACAACUACGCUCUGACACUGCUCAUCAUCUUCUUCCUGCAAAAUUGUGAGCCUCCCGUUCUCCCCACCGUGGACCGCCUUAAAGACAUGGCCUGUGAGGAGGAGGAGUGUGUGAUUGAGGGAUGGAACUGCACCUUCCCCAGUCAGCCUAUUGCGGUACCCCCCAGUGGAAAUACCCAGGAUCUCUGCACUCUUUUGGCUGGUUUCUUCUCCUUCUACGCCAAGUUUGAUUUUGCAAGUAGUGUCAUAUCUCCGAGGGAGGGGCGUGCGCUCCCAAUCACAGACUUCCUCUGUCACAAAGAUCAAGCGGAGGAAAAAAACACCAAGCCCUAUCAGAGUGGACCAAGACUGGGCCCACUCAAUGUUUUGGACCCCUUCGAGCUUUCCCACAAUGUAGCAGGUAACCUGAAUGAGCGCACUCAGAGAUGCUUCCAGACGGCGUGUCAGGAGGCCGAGAAGUACUGCCGCAGCCUCCAGUACCUGCGCAAGUCCACCAAAGGGAAGUCGUGGGGUCUCGUGCGCUUAUUCACCCCCAACGGGGGAGUUGCACAAACCAAACCAGAUGAGCUGAACAUCAGCAUUCCUUUCAAACCCUCCGCACUCCCAGAAACCCUCCGCAGUCAGAUGCACAUGGCGAGAGAUGAUUUCCGGUUGGUGUGGUUCGAGAAGGUGUGCGCUUCUGUGGAGUGCGUGUUUCAAAGCGCUCUCAGAUGUCAUCUCGCGUUCUCCUCGGGUUUCGGCCUCUCAGAGGAUUCGGCCGCCGACGUAUCAGUAGAAAUGGAGACCAGCUCGGGCUCCCUCAACACGUCGGCGAACGACAGCACGGAGUCCCCCACCGAAGCCGCUGCGGUGGGCACCAAGCGGCGACUCUCUGUUGGCAGCGACACGUCCAUUUCCCCUCAAGGAAAAAAGCUGAGGAUGUCCAAAAGGGGCAAGCGGGAGCCCCCCCAUUGGCUGUGGGUGCAGAAACACAGCGUGUGGGCCGGCAGGAGAAAAGUGAGGCGCGAGCUAAUGAAAGACACCGACCUGCGGCCCGAGGGCAGCUGCGUGGAGCUCGAGGCCCAAGUUACCGAUCGCAUCAUCGAGAAAGACGAGGCGCUCAAGGAACCGCUGGAGUUCAAGGUUCGGCCCCACAUGGUGGGUGAGACGGAGAGCACCAAGGCAGUGUUGAGGUUGGAGCCAUGUUGCGACCAGACCGGAGUUUUUCAGGACUUUAUUCAUUUCCUGGAAGCUUUCCUACCCAAGAUGGUGGAGUCGCUGCUGGCGAAAGAAGCAGGUGGCGGAUAAAAUGUCCUAUCCCGAUUAGGUUUUGGAAUUUUGAGUCAUAAUGGUUUUGACUGCAGAGUGACGGAACCUUCAGAAUGUUGCACUGUGUGUAUCGUCAUCCAUCCUUAUAUUGUAUACAGCGACAGUGUGUCCCCUAAAAGAUUAACUCACUCUUUGACUGGCCAUUACUCCUAUACAGUACACUACUUACAAAACGUUAGGGAUAUUUGGCUUUCCGCUGAAUUUACAGGAUACACUAUAACCUUUACAGGUCAGCUUUGAUUUGAUCUGACAGGCCUUUGAUCCAUCAAAUUUCCAAGGACAUCCACCUCAAUGUCUUUCUGUGACUCUUCCAGUGGCUGUAUCUCUUUUGCAACCUGCUGAUGGCCACUUGGGCCUGAGAACAUCCUGCUUGACGCUCAAUUGUUAGGGGUCGUCUUAGUCACACGAUGUCAAAAUGUAUUUUGGGCUAUUUGCAGUUCAAACAAAAAAAUAGAAGAAUAAUGGACAGUCAAAGAGUGUGUACAUUUUCCACCCUGUUUUUAUGUGUGAGGGUUGUCGGGAUCUUUUAGUUGCUUUCAUCGAUCAUGAACAUUUGUUGAUGCAGGUUGGCAUUUCCCAGUCAAGCCAAAUGUUAAGUUUGACAGAUGUCUUGAUUUUUAGCACGUUUAUGUUGAAGAGAAUGUUCUUAAAUUAGGAGGCUCUGAAGGGAAAACUUGUGAUGCAGUUGUGAAAAGAAACCUGUUAGUUUCAUGAUAAAAGUCAUCUGUCCUACAGCAUUUGAUUGGUAUUUGUUUUAAUAAAUCAGUGGUAGUUUUACAUAGUA